AUGGCGCAGAUACGAGGGACCGCAGGUUAUAACCUGGGAAUGAACAACCAGUUUGCUUCACAACGGAGUAACGAUGCUACCAGUGAUCCCAGUCCCCUCGAUCAGAUUCGGGAGCAGACCAGCAAGAUCGAGGACUGGCUGACCAGCAUCGGCGAGCCACUGAAACCAUACGUGCCAGCCAUCGGCCGAUUCCUCAUUGUCGUCACUUUCCUCGAAGAUGCUCUUAGAAUCAUCACCCAGUGGAGCGAUCAGCUCACCUACCUCAGAGACUUCAGACACAUUCCUUGGGGCAUCACGCAUCUCUUCCUCAUUUUCAACGUUGUUGUCAUGUCCACUUGUUCAAUCCUGGUCAUUAUGCGUCGCUAUGGAGAGUAUGCGGUCGGAGGCCUCCUCACCGUCGUUGUCGUUCAGGCUCUCGGUUACGGUCUCAUCUUCGACCUGAACUUCUUCCUACGAAACUUGUCCGUCAUUGGUGGCCUUCUCAUGGUCCUGGGUGAUAAUUUUGUCAAGAAGAGCCGCGUUUUUGCAGGCCUACCCACAAUCGACGAAAAGGACAAGAAGAUGUAUAUCCAACUCGGUGGUAGAGUCCUGUUGAUAUUUCUGUUCAUCGGCUUCGUCUUUGCUGGUGAGUGGAGCAUUUGGAGAGUCCUGGUCAGCUUGAUCGGCUUCAUGGCCUGUGUCAUGGUCGUGGUCGGUUUCAAGGCAAAGUUGAGCGCUAUCAUUCUCGUCUUGCUUUUGAGCGUCUUCAAUAUUCUCGUCAACAACUUCUGGACGCUGCAUCACAAUCACCCACAUAAGGACUUUGCCAAGUAUGACUUCUUCCAAAUCCUGUCUAUCGUUGGCGGUCUACUCCUCUUGGUCAACAUGGGACCUGGCCAGCUCAGUGUCGACGAGAAGAAGAAGGUCUACUAG